AUGCCUUGCUCCAAUUCAAAAACUCCUUCUCCAUUAGGAGGAGUUAUGAUCCUUUAUUUAAAUCUUAUCCCAAGACAGAUUCAUGGCAAGACACCAUUCAUGGAAAGAGAUUCAUGGAAAGAGGGCACGGAUUGUUGCUUCUUUUGGGAUGGUGUCAGCUGUGACUUUAAUACUGGCUAUGUGAUUGGGCUUAACCUUUCUAGCAGUAUGCUUUACGAUAACUUCCAUUCUAAUAAUUCUCUUUUCGCUCUUCAUCAUCUUCAAAAACUAGAUGUCUCUUGCAAUAAUUUCAGAGGCUCCAUAAUUCCAUCUCAAAUCGGCCAUUUGUUGAGCUUGACACACCUCAAUCUAAAUCAUUCAAACUUUGAUAGCCAAAUUCCAUUAGAAAUCGGUCAGCUAUCCAAUUCGGUUUCUCUUGAUCUUUCCCAGAACUUUCGUUUGACAUUAGAAACAAUUGCUAGUUUUGAAAAACUUAUUCGAAACUUAACCAAGUUGCAAGAAUUGGACCUGAGCGGUGCAGACCUGUCUUUCGUUUCUCCUAAUUCCUUUAUCAAUUUAUCUAUUUCUUUGUCCUCCCUCAGACUCUCAUCUUCUGGGUUAAGAGGGAAAUUUCCAGACAGUAUAAUUCAGCUUCCACAUCUCGAAGUCUUAGACUUAGCGUACUCUUUUCCAUCGUCAAAUUGGAGUCUUUCACUGUACCAUUUGUCUCUUUCUCGGACUGAAAUUCUAGUAUAUUUAGAAAAUGAAUUUUUCAAAAAUCUAAAUUUGCUGGAAUCACUGCAACUUGAAAGUUGCAAUUUCAUUAGGUCUAAUUUUGCAUUGUUUGGUAAUUUAUCAAAACUCAUUGAGUUGGACCCAUCGAAUAAUAAUUUCGUUGGUCAAAUUCCAUUAGAAAUCGGUCAACUAUCUAAUUUGAUUUCUCUUGAUCUUUCUUGGAACAGUCUUUUAAUACAAACAACUACUAGCUUUAACAAGCUUGUUCGAAUCUUUACCAAGUUGCAAGAGUUGGACUUGGGGAGUACAAAUCUCUCUUUGGUUUCACCUAAUUCAUUUAUCAAUUUAUCUUCUUCUUUGUCAUCUCUCACACUUUCAUCUUCUGGAUUAAGAGGAAUAUUUCCAAACAAUACAAUUCAACUUCCAAACCUUGAAAUCCUUGAUUUAUCAAGGAAUGAAGGUCUCACUAGCUCACUUUUUAUAUCAAAUUGGAGUAUCUCACUCACGUACUUGUCACUUUCUUCGACUAAAAUUCCAAUUUAUUUAGAAAAUGAAUUCUUCAAGAAUUUGAAGUUGUUGCAAGUAUUGGAACUCAAUAGUUGCAAUUUUAUAGGGUCUAAUCUUGAAUUGUUUGGUAAUCUAUCCAAACUAAUUGCAUUGGAUCUUGCACACAAUAAUUUCAGUGGCCCAUUUCCAUCCUCAAUUGGAAAACUUGACAAACUCAAGUACCUGAACCUUUCAUGCAAUAAUUUUAUUGGCCUAAUUCCUCCCUCAUUUGCAAACCUCAGCCAGCUCUUCUAUUUACAUAUGGGAAGCAACAAUAUCAAUGGUCCAAUUCCAUCUUUCAUUGGAAACUGUAACCAACUCCGAUAUUUGGUCCUUUCAUACAAUAAUUUUAGUGGCCCAAUUCCUCCCUCAUUUGCAAGCCUUAGUCAGCUCUCCAUUUUAAGUAUGGAAAGCAACAAUAUCAAUGGUCCAAUUCCAUCUUUCAUUGGAAACUGUAACCAACUCCGAUAUUUGUCCCUUUCAUACAAUAAUUUUAGUGGUCCAAUUCCUUCAGAUAUUUGUAGGCUCUCUAGCCUAUGGUACUUGCGGUUGUCUAAUAACUUGCUCACUGGUCAAUUUUCAAUCAGCUGGAAACUUGACGCUUCUCAUUCUUUAUCAAAUGAGAAAUUGACAGGAGAAAUUCCUUCUGCAGUUUGCAAUAACUUCACAGGAAACUUCCCAAGAAAUUUGAACAAUCUGGAAACUUUAGACCUCUCUUCAAAUAAUCUUACUGGCAAGGAUUCUAUCCAAUUGGCAACUUUGACAUCCCUCGAAGUAUUUCGGAAGUUUCGCAUAAUCAACUUGAAGGAGCCCAUACCUACAGGCCCUCAGUUCAACACAUUUGCUAAUAGCUCGUAUAAGGAAAACUCAAGACUGUUGGUGGAUUUCCACUGCAAAAGGCUUGUAAUUCUGGGUGAAGCAACAAGUCACGACCCAUCAGGCGAAGAAGAUUCAAACUCUGAUCAAAAAUGGAUUUUGGAUGGAAAUCUGUUUUCACGGGAUAUGGCAUUUUGGAGCAGUGUUUGGUCUCGCACUGGAUAA